AUGGCGCCUCCCAAGAAGGAUCAGAAGAGUAAGGAGCCAACGCUCUUCGAGAUCCUGGCCAUCACGCCCACGUCGCUGGACGGCCAGGACAGCGCCACCCAGAUCAAGACGGUGAAGCAGGCCUACCGCCGCGCCCUGCUCAAGCACCACCCGGACAAGAACCAGCAGGCCAAGGCCGCCGGCGCCCCGGCCGACCCCCAGGACGCCGCCUCCAAGGAGAACGGCAGCAGCGGCAACCGGAGCGAGGAGACCUUCACCGUCGACCAGAUCACGCACGCCUACACGGUGCUGAGCGACGGCCGCCGCCGCCGCGAGUACACGCGGCUGCUGCAGACGCAGUUCGGCGCGGCCACUUAUUCAUCCUCGUCGUCAUCGUCGACGUCGGCGCCUUCCCAGAGCGGCAGGAACGCCAACGCCAACGGCAACGGCAAUGGCGGCGGCUUGUACACGUUCAACGUGCACACGUCGACGGCGGCCAAGGCCGGGGGCUCGGGCACCGAGACGGUCGACCUGGACGACAUGCGGUGGGACGGGCGCGCGCAGGUGUACCACCGGACGUGCGGGCGGUGCGGCACCAAGCGCGGCUACUGCUUCCGCGAGCUGGACCUGGAGGAGGUCGGCGAGGAGGGCGAGCUGAUGGUGCAGUGCAUCGGGUGCUCGCUGUGGCUGCGGGUGCUGUUCGCCGAGGCCGAGGACUCGGACGAGGAGGCGGAGGGAGCCGGAGCCGGCACGGUGCAGAAGCAGAACGGCGCCGACGGCGCCGACCUGAAGCAGGUCCGCAGCGGCAGCGCCGCCGGCAAGAACGGCGCCUGGACCUGGAAGCUCAACUUUGGCAUCUCCAUCGGCGGCGGGGCCAGCGCGAGCGUCAAGUCCGGGCGGGAUUCGUAG